AUAUAUAUGACAUUAAGGCUCAACUUUUUCUCCUCUUUGGCUCUUACCACUUAGUUUGCGUUAUAUUAUUGGGAUUUCUAAGAACUGUGAGUUGGUCAUUUCAAAUCUCUGGAUGGAAUCAAAUAGGCAAUCUCUCGAGGGACAUGAGGGUGCUGAUGGUAGAGGUCAUAGAAUUUCAGUUAUGCAGUCUACACAGAAACAUGGUGAUCCAAAACAACCAUCUCUUAGUGGCCUUAGAAAUGUGAUGAAAGGACUGUGCACUAAUGACUGUGAGUUGCACUUUGAACGUUUCCUCCGAAGAGUGGUACGAGAGGAGGUAGAAUGCAAAAUCCAGGAUUUCCUAUCAUCAAGGGGAUGGGUUAAUCAAAUUAGCACAUCUAGAGCAACACCCUUUGAGUUACGCUUCGUUACUAGAACGCCUGAUAUAAUUUUUACGAACUCUAACGUGAUAUCAGAGGAUAAAACAUCCAUUCAAAUUGCUCUCUUUGAUGUUAGAGAUCAGUCAGUGGUUAAUGUUGGUCCCCUCUCCUCUCUAAAGGUAGAGAUCUGUGCCCUCAACGGUGAGUUCGGUUCCAACGGAAGUGAGGAUUGGACUGAAGGUGAAUUCAAUGCCAAUAUCUUGCGUGAGAGAGAUGGUAGAAGGCCAUUAUUGAAUGGAGAUAGGUUUAUUACUCUGAAAAAUGGAGUAGGUUGUGUCAAUAAACUUGUGUUCACAGAUAAUUCGAGAUGGAUUAGAAGCAGAAAGUUUAGGUUGGGAGCCAAAGUUGUGCCACCAAUUUCUAUUGAAGCCAACAUUAAGGAAGGUAGAAGCGAACCUUUUGUGGUCAAAGAUUACAGAGGAGAGGCUUACAAGAAACACCACCCUCCUUCCUUGAAUGAUGAUGUUUGGCGUUUAGAGCAAAUUGCCAAAGAUGGAAAAAUCCACGAUCGGCUAUCUCUCCAUGGAAUUCACACCGUUCAGGAUCUCUUGCGGUUAUACACAACAAACCCUUCUUCAUUACUUGAGAAGGUUGGCAACAUUACGAAGAGGUCAUGGAUAACAAUUAUUGAACAUGCCAAGACUUGUGCGAUAGAUGAUGACGAGACUUUUGUCUACCACACAGCAGAACAAUCGAUAGGUCUACUUUUCAAUUCCAUUUACAUCCUUGUAGGUGUGACAUUCGAUGGCCAAAAUUACCUCUCGCCUGAUAUUCUCAACCCCAACGAGAAGCAUUUGGUGGAAACAUUGAAGCAACAUGCUUACAAAAAUACGGAUAAUUUCAAAUCAAUUCAUGAGACAUCAUUGAGCUGCUCAAAACCAUUGACAUUUCUAGGAGUAGGGCAAUCUGAUGCUACAGAGCAAAGUCUGCAACGGUUCAAUAUCUCUACAGAACAAGAAGGUCAUCAAGGAACAUGGGUUGGUAAUGGUCAACCAUAUGCCUCAACUUCAUAUACAGAUGAAAGCGUACAUAGUUACCAAAUCUAUGCUGAUCCAGUGCCAGACAUAACAGACAUGCCACUGAACAAUCCUUAUGGUAGCAAUUCAAUGAAGGAUUUUUUCUCUGGAUUGUGCAUUGAAGGGGAUAGUUGGGUCCCUUAUGGAUAAUAUUUGCAUCUUGUGCAAGAUAAUCUUUCAACCGAGAAUGAGAAUACACUGAUUCAAUUCUCAAAAUUUGGGGCAACAAAAUGGCUUUUACAUUGCCUCUUCUGAUGGAGAAGACUUCUGUCGUUCUCAUGUGAAUAUGUCAAGUAGUGGAAAACCCAAAAGCGCUAUAGUAUAAGAUUCAGAAUUUUAUCAAAUGUGUCAUGUCAGUCAAAACUCAAAAGGGAUGCAGCUGCCAGAUGGAAUGUGAAGCUGUAUAAUUAUAACUAUUAGUCUCUUGUUUUGAGCAAUUGAGCCUUUGGUUGGUUCCCUUAGCCAGAACGUGUUUGCAAGCUCCAUAGAUGUCAUAGAAACAAUUGUGUUUAUGUUCCUGGUGGUUUACGAACUUCAUUGUCAGGUGAGCAGUGAAGAGAUCCACAACAUGGGGUCCUCAUGCCCAGUGUUAGUAUGCACAAUUUGUUGUAAAAUUAAUUGAGCAAAUUACAUAAAUCCUCCUUCAAGUUUAAACAUAUUACAGGUGCAACUCUUUCAUAUUUAACUCUUACACAAAUAUCCAUUAUUUUAUUUGAACAAA